AUGUCGGAACAGCAAGACGUCUACCGCAUGUGCAGAGCACUAUUCAAGGGGAAAUCCAAAAAGCUGAAGAAGACGAGGAUUCGCGAAAUUCUCAUUGAAAACCAGAGCGCUUUGCAUCACCUUUUCACAAGCUAUGGCGAGAUCAGGCUUACCGCAAUGAUCCAGUCUCUCCUCAAAGCCGGAGCUUUCGAAUCAGACCGUCGUGCCCAAGCUAUGUUUCCCGAGCUAUUCCAGACCACUCCACAGCAGGAUGCGCAGAGAGAAGCAUCUGAAGCCGACGCGGCAAAGUCUGUUGCUGAAAUCUUGGGUGGUAUGAGCCAUGGCGAAGACAUGGAGCCAGCGGAGCCAGUGGCGCCAACGGCACCAACUUCGUUAGCGUGGGGCUGGGAGGUUCCGCCUAUGCCGGACCCGGAUGAUGAACUGCCAAUACAAGACGCUGCCGCUUCUCAGACAAAUUUUGAGACGAACUGUAGUAACGAAGCGCACUCCCGGACAGAUCCCAAGAUACCUUCCCUCUAUCCAACAUAUCUCCCUUUCACCACUCAACAUGCUAUUCUUACAGCUUCUCAGAAGCUGCUCGAAGAAUGUUGCUUCGAUUUCGCAAAGAAGUGGUUCCCCGACGUGCUCCAAGGCAAAGGCUGGGAAUGUGCGUCUGCGGUCGAGUUGACGAAUUGGAUCAAAAUCUUCAACGCGGAGGUCCUCACGCUUCCCCCACAAGUUAUCACCAUGACAGACAAAACCAUCAAUGAGGUUUUUGCGCCGACCCAUAAGUUACGACACACAGCAGUUCACAGAUUGCCAACGACAGCCCGCGAAGUUAUCCGACUGAUCCGAGCAGGAGUAGAACUGACGGAGACUCUGCAAGACUUCACGCGGGCAUCUCAGCUAGAGGAUCUGAUUCUUGAGGUCGACGAGAAGAUCAAAACGAUGGAGCUCACGAAAAAUGUUUUGGAGGAUCGUGCUGCCGCUCAGCUCGAGGAUAUCCGCCGGCAGCGAGAAGACCUUGAUAGACAAGAACGCGAGUUUAUCGAGAACAUGAUCAAGGAGGACCAGGAACACAAAGCUCUCCUUGGCAGCCUUCUUGAGACUGCUGUUGCUGAGAUUCUGGAAAAGAAGAACGCCAAAAACCAGGUCUCCGAUGAGGACGAGACUGAUGGCCAGGAUAUCGACCUCGAAGUUGGCGAGAUCACGAACAGGGAUUCCGAAAGUUUGGAAAACAAGGAUGACUCCAAAGAUAGCAAUGGGCUUUGGCGGAAACUAACAGAUGCUUGGUCCGGAAUGACUUUUGGUCCGAACAAAAAGUUUCUCUUUGGGGGUUUCUAG